AAACAGCACUGUGUUUCAGAGGGGAUAGCUAGGCCGCCUGUCUAUCUCUGACCCUAAUUCCAGAUGCAUUCAGCCACAUUAACAAGAACUCCUGCAGCCUGACUGGCUGAGGAACAUGACGGUCUACUGGAAUUGGAGGAUUCCCACUGAAUGAUAAAGAUCUUCCUUGUUUACACUGCCACUUAGGGAUAUUUAUUUAUAUUUUAUGUAUUUCUAUUCUAUUUUUAUUCAUUUUUUUCUGAGUUGUUACUACUCCUGAAUAGACAUUCGAUCCAAAUGGAUCUGAGAGCUAAACACAGUCUGGGUCUUCUGGACCAGCUGAGGAAGAUGAGGGAGACAGAGAAGCUGACAGAUGUGGUGCUAGUGGCUGAGGGCAUCAGCUUCCCCUGCCACCGGGUGGUCCUCUCAGCUUUUAGCCCUUACUUCCGGGUUAUGUUCACCUGCGGCCUGAGGGAGUGUAGUACUAGGGAAGUGUUUUUGCGUGACACCCCAGCCGAUAGCCUGGGUCUAUUGUUAAACUACAUGUAUUGUUCUGAGCUCCCGCUCAACAACGCCAAUGUACAGGGGGUCUCGGUCGCUGCCUUCCUCCUGCAGAUGGACGAGGUGUUCAACCACUGCCAGAGCCACAUGAGGGAGAACAUGGACGCCUCUAACUGCCUCGGGGUGUACUACUUUUCCCGCGACCUGGGAGCCGAGGAGCUGGCCGACCAUGCCCAGAGAUACCUGCGGACGCACUUCGUUCAGGUGUGUAUGAGCGAGGAGAUUCUGGAACUAGAGGCCCACCAACUGGGGGCGCUGCUGAGCUCCGACGACCUCAACGUGUCGCGGGAGGAGACCAUCCUGGACGUGGUGCUGCGCUGGGUCAAACAGGACACUCCGGGGGAUGGGGUGGAGGACAGGCGGAGUAGACACCUGGUUGAGCUCCUGAGGAAGGUGCGUCUAGCCUUGGUGGCCCCUGGCUACCUAAGGGAGGCUAUGAAGAGGAAUAUGUCUCUGUUGGCGGAUGCAGAGUGUCUGGAGAUGAUGGAGGAGGCACUGGAGGCCACAGGGAUGCACCCGGCCUCCUCACCCCGUAAACUGAAGCUUCGCUAUGGGAUGGAGACCACGGAUCUGCUGCUCUGCAUCGGAAACGAGGGUGGAGGGAUCCGAUCACGGUAUGGAAAUUAUUCGGAACGCAGCUUCUGCUACGCCCCCUCGACGGGCCACACCCACUACAUCACAUCCCCACGCUAUGGAGACGUUCUGGGAUUCGUGUGUGCAGGGGUCGUCACCGAAGGCAACGAGAUUGUGGUGGCCGGGGAGGCAGGGGUGAGGAAAAUGGCCAGGCAGACGAACAGGAAUGUGGAGUUAUUCAGGUACAGGGUGGAGGCCCAGGGAACCUGGGAGCACCUGAGCUCAGCAGAGUACCGUGACUCGUACGCUCUGGGGGCGCUGGGUGAUACUAUUUACCUGCUGGGAGGCCAGAUGAAGCUGAAGAACCAGUACCUCAUCACCAACUCUGUGGAGCGCUGGUCCCUGCAGGGUGGGCCCUGGCAUAGCGCCGCCCCGCUACCCAUACCGCUGGCCUAUCACAGCGUGGUCCGACUGAAGGACCGCCUCUACGUGCUCGGGGGUCGAACUCCACAGUCCUGGCGGAUGGACGACGAGCCAGACCGCUUGAGCAACCGUCUGCUGGAGUACGACCCUGAGACAAACAAGUGGACAGAGCUUGGUCCCAUGAAGUACUCCAAGUAUCGCUGUGGUGCUGUGGCGCUCAAUGGAGAAAUCUAUGUGAUGGGAGGUAUCGGCUGUGAGGGGGUUGAUCAUGGACAGUCCCGUCGUUGCCUUGAUGCUGUGGAAAUCUACAACCCUGAUGGAAACUUCUGGAGGGAUGGGCCUACUAUGCCCUCUCCACAGCUAUCCCUACGCAGCAAUGCCUCCAACGCCGCGGUGGUGGGGGGCAAGCUUUAUGUCUGUGGAUUCUACAAGGGGGCGGAUCGUCAUGAAGACAUAAUCAAGGACAUCCUGGAACUAGACCCGUGGGAGAACCGCUGGACCGUUGUGGCCCGCCGCGUUCUGAUGCAUGAUGCCUACGACGUCUGCUUGGUGGCAAGCCUCAAUCCACGGGAGCUCAUGUCUCCCCCGGCAGACCUAGUAACUCAGUGACCUUAACCUGCCCAGAGGUCUAAUGACCCCUUCUUAGCUAAGAGUACCUUGGGCUAUAAUUAUGUGUUCUGAAAGCUGCUAAUAUUGAGCAACAAGACCUUUCUUUCUGCUGCUGUGAGCCAGGAGUCAAAAUGCAGCAAUGCAGUAGUGCUGGCUGAUCCUGGUGGUGCUUGUUGACAGACAUUGCACAGUUGCUGUUUAAAAGCCCUGACCUGAGUGGGGCACUGCACAAAAUAACACUCUGCCCUGGUCUUGAACUGUAUAUGACCUACCGAGUUGCACAUUUAUAAGUAAACAUUGUAUCUGAAUAUCAUACCUUAGUGGGUUUUGUGACACUGAAAUAUAGCUUGUAAAUAUAAUUAUUUUGCGAUUUUGUUUUGUAUGUUGCUGUAAAAUGCCUCUGCCUCAUCUUUAGAAUACUGGAAAGAAAACCAGACAGGUCCUUCACAAUCAAGUUAUUUUAUAUCAAUUUUCCAUUUUGCUUUUGCUCUUUACACCUUUGUUCAAGAUUAUAUUUUUGUCAUGCAAAUAAGGCUUACAUUAAAUUGAGUCUUUGCUCAGGCGUAA